UGAACGUCCAGCAGAUGGCAGCACCAUGUAGCUGGAGCUGCUGUGUUUUCAUGGUGGUGUAGGCUACUUUGUGUGUUUGUGACUGGGAGUCAGUGGCUAGGCUGCAGGGGGUACAAAAUGCAGUCAGCUAGUGCUGCUGUGUGCAGCAAUAUAAAGGUACCUGAAAGCUAGUAUGUUAAGACGGAGAACUGUUGUUAACGCACGUCAGCAACGCUUGCAGAAAUGGCCGGAAUUAUUAAAAAGCAAAUUCUGAAACAUUUGUCAAGGUUUACCAAGAAUCUGUCUCCGGACAAAAUCAAUCUGAGUACGUUGAAAGGGGAGGGGCAGCUGUCUAACCUUGAGCUUGAUGAAGAGGUUCUGCAGAAUAUGCUCGACCUGCCUACCUGGCUGGCUGUCACUCGGGUCUACUGCAACAAAGCCGCCAUCAGGAUACAAUGGACAAAGUUGAAAACAAGCCCAAUCUGCCUGUUCUUGGAUAAGGUGGAGGUGGUGAUGAGGACGUGUGAAGAGCCUCGUCCGCCCAAUGGCCCCUCUCCUAUAGCUAUCACAGCAGGCCAGAGUGAGUACGGCUUUGCUGAGAAAGUGGUUGAGGGCAUGUCUGUUAGGAUCAACUCCAUUAUCAUCAAGGUCCAGGCUCGUGCCUUCCAUGCCUCCUUUGAACUCUGGCAGCUACAAGGCAACAGCCUCAACCCCAAAUGGCAGCGCAGUGAUCUCCGCUACACCCGUAUCACUGACCCAAAGAGAGGAGAGGUGUUGACAUUCAAAGAAAUUAACUGGCAGAGUCUGCGAAUCGAGGCAGAUGCUAUCGAGAGUGAUGACCAGGACCUGGGCAGCACCCCAUUACGUCUCAUCACCAACCAGGGACGGAUUCGCAUUGCUCUAAAACGCAGAAUAAAGGACUGUAAUGUGUUGGCAUCCAAGCUGCUUUUCAUUCUGGAUGACCUGUUGUGGGUGCUGACAGACUCUCAACUCAAAGCUAUCAUCCAUUAUGCCAAAUCUCUCAGUGAGGCCAUGGAGAAAUCAGCCCAGCAGAGGAAGAGCAUGACUGCUGAAUCGCUGCAGACUGCUCCUCCAUCUCCUGGCCUCCACAGCCUGUGGACAGAGCCCACACCUGCUCCUGCGGGCACCCCCAGCAACAUGAGUCAAUACUUUGAUCUCUAUGAUGUCAGAGAGUCCUCUUACCACACCUCCAUAUCCCGCUUGGAUUUACACAUAUGCAAUGAUAGCUCUUCAGUGGAUGAAGAUGAGCCUCCCCCGCCGGGUUUACAAGGUGCCAUGCAGCUGACCUUCAGGAAGCUGGGGUUUGACUACUACCCUGUCCACAGACCUGCUGAUGGGUGCCGACACUGGGAGCGCCACAGUGUAGCCAUGGAGGCUCAGGCCCAGUGGGCUGGGAAACUGCUGCAGGAGUACCAGAGGAGAGCAGAGGCCUCUGGGUUCCCAGGGCCACAUACUGAGGUCCGCCAGCCAACAAAGGACUCCCCUGCAAAGGCAGUUAAAGAUGGACAGUGUAGUCCCAAGUUAAACUCCUGUGACAAAGAGCAGUCAAGCAGCAGGACCACUGUGACAACUUCUGCAGACUCAUCGCUGAAGAGGCUGAGAUCUAGCUGUGUAGUGGUCAGGAUGGAUGACGUGGACAUUCACCAGGUGUCCACAAGGGGCCAUCAGAAGAAGAAGACCCAGUCUUUACUGUCCUGUAAUCGUAAAGCUCUGGGUCUGCCAGAUGACAUACCAGCAGUUCAUCUGCAGUUUACUGAAUACUACCUUCCUGACAACCCCAGUUUAUCAGUGCCCACCUCAAACCUGUACGCCCAGUUAAACAGCCUCCAGCUGUGUGUGGACCCAGCCAGUGUGUUGUGGAUCAGUCUGUUUUCCAGGGGUCUGCUGCACACUCUGGACCAGGUCAAAGCUUUCUACCAUUUGCAAGACAGUAGCAAGGCUGAAGAGCAUGUAGACAUCCGAAUGGAUGCAGCUCAGCUCAAGCUAAUAAUCCCCUUGGAUUCCUCCAUACUGGACCAUCCAGAGCGACCACAGUCCCUCUCUGUUACUAUACCCCAGAUGGUUCUCAGCAACACCCGUCACUGCCCCCAUGGCUCCAGAGCUGAUCUCUACAAUAUCUAUGACAAAUUCGCCAACUGCUCUUUCUUCAAUUUCACACCACCCUGCCCUUACCCAAGAGAUCUGAGUGCCUUUCAUCCCAUUCCCUCUGCCUUCCUCAAUCACUCUCAGGAGACAGAGCCCCAGCCACUGGAUAGGAGGCAGUUACGGUCCCAGGAUGUCCUGUCUCUCAGUCUGUCCCGUGUAACCCUGGGUUUCGAUGGAGCUCGGCGAUACCCCAAAGGAAGAACCCAGCCUUUUGUUGAGCCUUUUGCCAUGUCUGUGUGGAUGUGUCAGCCCUCCUCCUUCAGUCCCAGCGCAGCCCACCAACCUUCUCUGGAACAGGAAGAGGCUUCGCUUGCCUCUGUCCAUGUCCUUGCCUACACCGUCACACCAGUAAAGAUGUGGCUCAACCACUAUCAGUAUGUAGCUCUGCUGCGGAUGAAGGAUGCCAUGGCUCGGCUGGGGGCGGAAUUGGGCCAGGAUCUACAAGGUGUCAAACAACCAGAAGGCCAGAAGACAAAACCUACUAGUGUUUGUGUUGCCCUUAUGGUGGACUCAGCAGAACUGGGUAUCUUGUUGCCACCAGUCUGCUCAGAAUCAGAGGAAGGGGUCUCCCACACUCCCGAGACAGACAGCCCCAGCAUGUCAGACUCUGAGGCCUUCCCACCUCAUCACUCUACAGAUGUGGCCCAGGAUGUCAGUGGGUUGGAAAAUGGCAUCUCCUCUAUCAAUUCAGCUGGCACUGCAUUUGAGCAGGAUGGGAUGGUGGAGGAGGCAUCUGAGGCAGUCGAAGAGGGGGCGGAGGCGGAUGGUUUGACAACAAAGGAGGACGUUCCUGUCCUUUCACCACCCCUCUCACCUGGACACUCCCUUGUCCUCUCCCGUGAUCCAUCCACCUUCAGCCUGGAGGGUGAGCUGUCAAGCGCCAUUAACGUCACCAAGGAUGUGACCAAAGAUGCCAUUAGUGUCUCGCUGGACCUGACAAAAGGGGCAUUUUCAAUGACAAAAGACGCCUUUAGCAUGCUGAGUCGUGGCUCGGGGAUGAGCAAAUUGUUUAGUCCACAGGCAAAGGAACAGGUCCAGCAUUCAGAUGAGUCUUCUCCCUCUUUAUCUGCCAGUCUGCGCCUCCAAUCCAUGAAGCAGUCACCUUCUCAGCAAUCCAUUGAUAGUGCUAUCCUGGAUGGCAGCCUGCCAGAUGAAAAUGUCUUCUUGGAUAGUGAUGGCAGCGACAGUUUUGUGGUUCUCAUGGACUCAGAGUCAGGUAUGGAGUCAGCGCGUCCCAGCAACACUCCAGCAGGCAGCCGAGGCAGCCCAGCCCCAGGGACAGAGGGAGGUUCAUCAGCUGACCUCAGCAGCUCCCUGUCCCAAAGUACUGAGGACAUGUCUCAGGAUAUGUCCUCAGUGUUGUUGCUGAUCCUGAGUGAAAUGGCCUGUACCAUAGAAAUAAAGGGGGAAGACCAAGUCAUGGCCGUGGAGACCCAGAAUCUAAGUCCUGUACAGAUGGGUAAUGUCAAGGUGUCUGACCUGCUGGCUGGCCUUAUGCAAGUAGCUCCAGGUGGACCAGCCCAGACGCAGGACAGGCGGAGAAGGAGGGGCUCUCCAGCAGUGUGCAUGCGAGCAGAAGUUGGCUCAUCUGCAUCACGACAUUCUGUUCUGGCUGAGUCUUUGGGUUUCCUGGAUAUCAGAAUGCAAGACUGUCGGGCAGAAUUGUUAGCCUCCACAGUGACCAACAUUGGGCCUUUUCUCGAAGAUGAAUUCAGUGCUGACGGUCAGCCGAUGCAGUUACACAUGAGCAACGUCACCGUCGUUCUGAAGGAUGAUAGUCCUAGAAUCUACCCUACAGCCCCUCAACCUGUCCCCGUCACAUUCAUUGUGGACCAGCUUCUCCUUGAGCGCAGUGACGAUGGCAUUUUGAGGCUCAGAGCUGAAGGUACAAACCCUAAAGCCCCAGCAGGUGUUCCUGUGGCUGGCUCAAACACCACAAACUGUUCCUGCCCUCUUCAGCAGCAGAGUGAGAGACAGACCCUUGAGUUACAGCUUUCUGAUGCCCAGGCUGCCCUCACCCAAGCCCUCAGUGACAGAGAUCACCUCCUUCUGGAAGUCAGGAAAUAUGACCCCACGUUUACUCUCUGAGCCGUCCUGUCUGUCACCUCUGGUCCUGCUGAGGAACUGUGAUCCAUUGUAUCAGGAUGUCUGGACAUUGGACAUGUCAUGAAAAGAAGAUGAAUCCAGUGUGCGGUUUUGGAUCACUCUCCACCUCCUAUAUGAUGCCAUUCAUGAGAUUACAGGAGUCCUUUUAACAACUGCAAAAGGGGAACCUAAUUUAUAGGUAUGUCACUGGUACUACAUUUUUAUCGGGCAGUGCAGCUCUUCCUCACUGCUGUACUCACAAAUAUUUCCUGUUAGUUCCCUUUCAGGGUAGACAUUGAACCCAUUGUGUGGUUUGAGUGUUGGACACACAGCAUGCAAGGGUGAAUAUCAUUAAGCUUUAAUUCUCUCCAGUUAAUUAUUGCCGUUACGGAGUACAUUUAGCGAUGAAGUGCUAAAGCUAAAUAGACUUGAAAAUGUAGAAUAUUUGUUACGUGUAAAAUACAAUAGAUCCACGUGUUUCUGUUUUCAAAGUAUUAGAAAAUACUAUCUGCUGUUACUUGUUGAAAGCAUGUUGUCAAAGGUAGGAAGCAUUGCACUUUUUUUUUUUUUUUUUAAGUAAAAGCAGAAGUACUCUACUGCCGUAGAGAGACGGAUGCAUCAUUACCUUGAUUGUGUUACCUGGUUACACACACUAAUGAAGUUCUCAGCAUGGGUUGAAUCAUUUUCUAGUGAUAGAUUAUUCUUUGGGUGGUGACGUGUCAAUCAUGCUUCUUUUUGUACUGUGAAACAAUGUGGUUGAAUGUGUACUUAAACAUGAAGCCUUUCCGUCUCUUCCUCAGCUGUGGAGAGCAGCUUGCACAGUAGCUUCAGUACUGAGAUGGAGUUAGAUUUUUCACCCUGACUCUGGUUUUAAACAGGUUUGGUUUAUUAUACCAGUUAUCAGAUGAUACUUGAUCUCCUUAAAGCUUGUUUUGAAGCUUGGCAGGAAACAGACUGCUAGUAUUACAACAUACUUUGUACACUUUUAUCAUGUGCAGUGGUCAUACAUUAUGAAGUUGAAAACUUAUUCUGUAUGUUGUUACUUGUAUAUUUAUUAUUUAGAUUUAUUAAGAAUGUUCUUUUUGUUAGAUCACAUUGACUGCAGUGUACUAAAGCCAUAAGAAUCAAAAAGUGACUUAAAAAAAGUUAUGUUAGGAGAUAUUACUAAUUCACUACAAAAAUAGGUACUUUCAGUAAUUGAAUCCUUGUCUCCAGCAGAGUUUGUCUAUCAGACCAGUUACCUGUUUAAAUUCCUGUCCCUUCAUCUAUGCAGUAAUGUGUUUGUGUAACAUACAUUUUAUGAAUAUUUUCAUGAAAACAACCUCUGUCAGCUAUAUUUUAUGAACAGAUGUUCCAUUGUUAAAUCAAUGGCCUUUGGAAGCACAAGUUAUCCACAGUAGUGUUUGCUAAACUGUUAUCAAACCCUUCUCUUCCACUUAUCAUUGUUCUGCUGUGUACUAGGGAGACCUCUGGUGGCUGUGACUUGCUAGAAGAUCCCCCUUUCAAAAUGUUACUUGCCAUCUUUUUCUUUCAUUUUUUUUAAAUCUUUGGUUGCCUUGUAACGUAUGACUGACAUAUUUGUAUUCUUAAAGUGGGAUGUAAAACAUGAAAGUUUGGUUUAACCAAAAACAUGACAAAACAGUGACACCACAUUUUUGAUGUGUAGUUCUUCAAUUCUGAAGAUGACUCAUGGCAAAGAAAAAUGAUGUACCUAUCAGGUUUUAAUAUUUUCUCACCAAUUGCAUGUGGACACACCCUUAAUUUGUUAGUGUAGUAAAGCAGAGAUACUGCCUUUAACCUUUUAAGUAUCACUUCUGGUUGUAAUUUCAUCUCAGCUUUUGAUUUUUUUGUCUGGUCUUGGUAUGAACACUUCACUGAAUGCCCCAUGCUGGAAGCAACAUGUAGCUGUAAAGUUUGCCCAGUGUCCCUCUCCUCAGCCAGGCCUGUGUUAAGUAGCAUCCCUAUUCUACUGACAAACUAGUGCUCUGGAGUUCCAUCUGAUCAAAGCAUGUUACACCACACCAGGUUUCAGUGAACCCUUACUCAGUGUGUCAUGCAAAAAAGGAGAUGGAUGGAGUGAAGGAGGACUCACUGGAUGCAUGUACUGAAGUGAUGUAUACAGUAAUUUAUGCCCUGCACUUGUGUGGUAAAUUCACUGGAAGUUACACUUGUUGUAAUGUAAAAGACUUCAUAGGGUUGCAGAGGAUGUCUUGUGAAAUCUGGCUAAGUGAUGAAAAUGUUGAAGACCCAAUGGGCAGUAUUUUUUACUAGCUGUGUGGAAUUGCAUGGAAUUUUAUAUUGUCUUUAUCACUUCGGUGAGACCAAUAUAAAAUUGGUUCCGUGAACCAAGUGGAGAAUAUUUAACAAAAAAAAAAGAAUAAAUUGCUUAACACAUUUCAGUUGUGCCUUUGUGUUUUAAUAGAAAAUGCAUGUUUACGUGGAGCAAGAAAAAGGCAGCUUUUAAAAUGUACAGAAUCUUCAAAUUCUCAUUUUGGUUAUUUUACUAGCAUGUCUACAGUUUGUCUUCAGCCUCAGUAAAAACAAGUAUAUAUUUCUGAGAUGAGCUGAACGAUAAGAAAAAGUAAUUUUGUCUGGAAAAGGGUUCCAUUAUCAGUACACCUACUCCAAUCUUUUCUCCUCUUGAUAAAAGCAGCCACAUCAUGAGAUUCAAAGAUUAAUGUAAUAAGAGCAACUAUUUUUUUUGUGAUUUUAUACUAUGUAACAGCAUCUAAAUAUGUUUGAAAUGUCAAUUUAAAAUCAAAAUGAAUAAGCUGUGUGCUUGUAUGGCUGUAAAAAUAAAGUUAAUAUUUGUAAUU